UUGGCCUGUGCGCGUCGUGUGCUUGUGUGAAAACAAAUACUUAGAUCAAAAUUAAUACAAAUAAACGCACAAUGAAGUUAAUAACGGUAUUCUAAUGAAACAAGAAAUUACAAAACUAAUUUAUAUGAAUUGAAUGACAUAAAACUGUAUAUAAAGAAUCCCAGAAUAUAACAAUCCGAAUGUGAUGCUAUAGAAAUUAAAGCAAAGCAAAUAACAAUAUUUCUACGGCUACAAUAAUAUUAAGAAACACAAAACAAAACAACAAAAAAAUAACAAUUCUAUUAAUAAUAAUAAAAAAACAAAUCGACUACAUAUAAAUGUGCGAUUUGAGCGUGUGAAUGUUGGCAGCCCUGGAGCCCUGCCUCGGUGGUAUAGCCUGUACUAGGGGAUGUCGGGGUGUGAUCAAAGCACUGUCGAAUCAUUGGCCGAUGAUCCAACAGAUUCACCAUUCGAUGCCGAUGAUUGUCUCAAAGUUCGCAAAUAUUGGUGUUUCCUGCUAUCUAGCAUAUUCACAUUCCUUGCUGGCCUGCUUAUUGUGCUGCUAUGGCGUGCGUUUGCAUUCAUCUGCUGCCGCAAGGAGCCGGACCUGGGACCCAACGAUCCCAAGCAAAAGGAGCAAAAGGCGUCACGUAACAAACAGGAGUUUGAGGGAACAUUUAUGACAGAAGCAAAAGACUGGGCUGGAGAGCUUAUCUCGGGUCAAACAACAACUGGUCGAAUUUUGGUCGUACUCGUAUUUAUACUCAGCAUUGCAUCUCUCAUUAUAUACUUUGUUGAUGCAUCAAGCGAAGAAGUCGAAAGAUGCCAAAAAUGGAGUAAUAACAUUACUCAACAGAUCGAUCUCGCAUUCAAUAUAUUUUUUAUGGUUUACUUUUUUAUACGAUUCAUAGCGGCGUCCGAUAAGCUUUGGUUUAUGUUAGAAAUGUACAGUUUUGUAGAUUAUUUUACAAUACCCCCGUCCUUCGUAUCAAUAUAUUUAGAUCGAACAUGGAUCGGUCUUCGAUUUCUUCGAGCGCUACGUCUCAUGACUGUUCCAGAUAUUUUACAAUAUUUAAACGUACUAAAAACAUCGAGCUCAAUACGCUUGGCUCAACUAGUAUCAAUUUUUAUAUCCGUGUGGUUAACAGCAGCGGGCAUUAUACAUCUGCUGGAGAACUCUGGCGAUCCGCUGGAUUUUAAUAAUGCUCAUCGUUUAUCCUAUUGGACCUGUGUCUAUUUCCUAAUUGUGACCAUGUCAACGGUAGGAUAUGGUGACGUUUACUGUGAGACUGUCUUGGGAAGAACAUUUCUCGUGUUCUUUCUGCUCGUCGGCUUGGCAAUGUUUGCCAGCAGUAUACCGGAAAUAAUUGAACUCGUUGGUAGUGGCAAUAAAUAUGGCGGUGAACUGAAAAGAGAACACGGAAAGAGACAUAUUGUGGUAUGCGGUCAUAUAACAUACGAGUCCGUGUCGCAUUUCCUGAAGGACUUUCUGCACGAAGAUCGUGAGGAUGUCGAUGUCGAAGUAGUCUUUUUACAUCGUAAACCACCCGAUUUGGAACUUGAGGGUUUGUUCAAACGUCAUUUUACCACCGUGGAGUUCUUCCAAGGAACCAUUAUGAAUCCGAUCGAUCUGCAAAGGGUUAAGGUGCAUGAAGCUGAUGCCUGCCUGGUGCUAGCUAACAAAUAUUGCCAAGAUCCCGACGCAGAAGAUGCUGCCAACAUAAUGAGAGUUAUCUCUAUUAAGAACUACAGCGAUGAUAUUCGUGUCAUCAUCCAGCUGAUGCAGUACCAUAAUAAGGCGUACUUGCUGAACAUACCUUCGUGGGACUGGAAACAGGGCGAUGAUGUCAUUUGUCUGGCCGAGCUGAAGUUGGGUUUUAUAGCGCAGAGCUGUUUGGCACCUGGCUUUUCGACAAUGAUGGCAAAUUUGUUUGCCAUGCGUUCCUUUAAGACGUCACCAGACACACAGGCCUGGCAAAAUGAUUAUCUUCAAGGUACAGGGUGUGAGAUGUACACCGAAACUCUAUCACCUUCAUUUACCGGCAUGACAUUCCCACAAGCCAGCGAAUUGUGCUUCUCCAAACUUAAGCUCCUGCUGCUUGCCAUUGAAAUCAAAGGCGCUGAAGAGGGCGCAGACAGCAAAAUUUCCAUAAAUCCGCGAGGCGCCAAAAUACAGGCAAAUACGCAGGGUUUCUUUAUAGCACAAAGCGCUGAUGAGGUCAAGCGUGCGUGGUUUUACUGCAAAGCCUGUCAUGAGGACAUCAAGGAUGAGACGCUCAUUAAGAAGUGCAAAUGCAAAAACUUGGCCACCUUCCGGAAAGGCGUCCGAGCCGUACAAAUGGUUGGGCGUGCAAAAGACGAUGAAUACUCGUUGUCAAAUGAACACCAUCCUGCACCCACAUUUACGCCACCAGAGCUUCCCAAGCGGGUGCAUGUGCGUGGAUCUGUAUCGGGUGAUAUUACACGAGACAGAGAAGAUACAAAUCUUCUCAAUCGGAAUGUGCGACGCCCGAACGGCACUGGCAACGGUACAGGAGGCAUGCAUCUCAUGAGCAACACCGCCGCUGCCGCAGCGGCCGCUGCAGCUGCGGGCAAACAGGUGAACAAGGUAAAGCCCACGGUGAACGUGAGCCGGCAAGUGGAGGGCCAGGUCAUAUCGCCAUCGCAGUAUAACAGGCCACCAGAAAAUGAUGCUAACCCUUAUGCGGGCUAUCAACUUGCUUACGAAGUUAAAAAGCUCAUGCCAACGAGUCGCAGCUCCGGCACUGGGACACAAAAUCAAAAUGGCGGCGUGUCACUGCCAGCCGGCAUAGCAGACGAUCAGUCGAAGGACUUUGAUUUUGAGAAGACGGAAAUGAAGUACGAUUCAACAGGCAUGUUUCACUGGAGUCCGGCAAAGAGCUUAGAAGACUGCAUAUUGGAUCGCAAUCAGGCGGCCAUGACAGUACUAAAUGGCCAUGUGGUUGUUUGCCUGUUCGCCGAUCCGGACUCACCGCUAAUUGGGCUACGGAAUCUGGUGAUGCCGCUGCGCGCAUCUAAUUUCCAUUACCAUGAGCUCAAGCAUGUGGUAAUUGUGGGCUCCGUUGACUAUAUCCGACGCGAGUGGAAAAUGCUACAGAAUCUGCCUAAGAUUUCGGUGCUUAAUGGAUCGCCGCUCAGUCGUGCCGAUCUGCGGGCGGUUAACGUCAACCUGUGUGAUAUGUGCUGCAUAUUGUCUGCAAAAGUUCCUAGUAACGACGAUCCCACACUGGCCGACAAGGAGGCCAUCCUGGCCUCGCUUAACAUUAAAGCCAUGACCUUUGACGACACGAUUGGCGUGCUGAGCCAACGCGGACCGGAAUUCGACAAUCUGAGCGCGACCGCCGGCAGUCCCAUUGUGCUGCAGCGGCGCGGCUCAGUGUAUGGCGCCAAUGUGCCAAUGAUAACAGAACUGGUCAAUGAUAGUAACGUGCAGUUUCUCGAUCAAGACGACGAUGACGAUCCAGACACAGAACUAUAUCUCACGCAGCCGUUCGCCUGUGGUACUGCGUUCGCUGUGAGUGUGUUAGACUCGCUGAUGUCCACGACAUACUUCAAUCAAAAUGCCUUAACGCUGAUCCGAUCGCUGAUAACAGGCGGCGCCACGCCCGAAUUGGAACUAAUCCUGGCGGAGGGUGCCGGCCUGCGCGGAGGAUACAGUACAGUCGACAGCCUGAGCAACCGCGACAGAUGUCGUGUGGGCCAAAUCUCAUUGUAUGAUGGACCGUUGGCGCAGUUUGGGGAAUGCGGAAAGUAUGGGGAUUUGUUCGUUGCUGCUCUUAAGUCGUACGGGAUGUUGUGCAUAGGACUAUAUCGGUUUAGGGAUACUAGCUCUAGCUGUGACGCGAGCAGCAAACGAUAUGUAAUAACUAACCCACCCGACGACUUCUCAUUACUGCCAACAGAUCAGGUAUUCGUUUUAAUGCAAUUCGAUCCGGGCCUGGAGUAUAAGCCGCCCGCAGUGCGUGCGCCUGCUGGCGGUCGCGGCACCAACACACAAGGCUCCGGGGUCGGUGGGGGCGGCUCCAACAAGGAUGAUAACUCUUGAUUGUUACUGUGUAGCGCCUUAACUGAUGGUCCUUAUUCGUACAUUUGAACGAUGGAGAAGUUAAUUGUGUAUAGAGCAUCGCAUUUAUGGCAUAAAUAUUGGCAUAAGAUCUUGUUAAAAUUGCGCACCAAACAGUAAAUACAAAAAUAGGCAUUGGCUUUAGCUAUAGGCAUGAAUACCUGUGUAUAUACUAUGUACCUAGGGAAAUGUAACAAAAUCAAAAGUUAGGCCAACUAGCGUAAGUAACAAUACUUACAAAUUUAAAUGCGUAAGUGCCCGUAAAUGCGUUACUCUGUGCUUUUAUAUUUGUAGAGAUAUUUGUCCGUCCUGUUUAACAAUCAAGGAUAACUACACACCACAAACGACCAACGGUGGGCAGUGUUAGAUGUCUCUACAAACAUAAAAGCCACAUAUUCAUUAAAGAAAGAACAACUUCUUUGAUAUCCAUCGUUCAAUUGUCAGCUGAUUGCUUCCCACACCAUUCCGUAUGCCUUUUAGAACCUUGAAAUUAACUUUUUACCUAUAAUUUUGUAUCUAUCCGAAGUUCUAUUACACAUGAUUUUUUAAUUACUGUUCAAUUCCUCUUGUGAUUAUUUAAAGUUUGUUUUAUUUUGUUUUGGUUUGUCAUUAUUUUAAUCUGCUCAAAAUAAAAAUAUUUUUUAAACAAUCCGUUUAAUAAUUUGAUAUUUUGAUUAUACUCCUAAUCUUGACGCAACAAUCAUUAGUUAUUAAACUAUGGGUAUGUAUAUCUAUUAUGAGCAUUACAAUCAUUAAUUUAGUACAAUUGUUGCAUUAUUAUUAUUGUUAUUAUUAAUUCAUAUCUCAUUUCAAAUUAUGUUUAAAUUGUGAGUUCAAUUCAUGGCGCUAUCAUCGCAUUACAAAUAUUUAACAAUUGGAAAUGAAAAUUCAUCUCAAUGGUGUGACGUAAGCAAUUGGGAACCAUUAGUGAGGUAAGCUACACAUUAAACAAAGAAAAACAAGCGAAACCCCUUUACUGAUAUUGAAGAAAAUACAAUGCAAGCUAACAUUACGAAAUAUGUGCAUCUUUUAAAUCUGAAUAGCAUAAAGCUUGCAAUUCUAUUUUUUACAAAAAUAAGAACAUGUCAAAAAGAAUCCAUAACAAACACUUUACAUUCUGUGUAUAUUUAAGGGCAAUAUUGCAACUGUAUUAAAUAUACAAAUUCUUACAUACGUAUGUAUAUACAAAAAGUGAAAAGCUAGUAUGUGUCUUAGCAGCAACUACAACAACAACAACUGCACUACAGCUAACUUAUGUAUGUCUACAUAUGUUGUACAGGCACAUACAUACACAUAUGAAGAAAUUAAAAAAAAAAAAAAAAUUAAAAUACAUAUUCCAUAAAUGCUUGGCCGCCACUUACAUUUUGCGUAUGUGGACAAUGGGGGAUGAGCCUAAACCGAAAUCCAAAGUUGUGUCAGCAUUCAAGUUCAAAAACUGCAUUUAGAUGUUUCUGAGCAUGCGCAAAAACGGUUUAUACGAACGUAUAUUAAUUUAACUAUAAUGUUUCCAAAAC